AUGGAUUCUUUUCAUUACCGCGAUUCGGUACGCUCGCCCGGGGACCGCGGUUGGGGCGGUCGGGACGACCCAAGAAUCAAAGACGAAAGAGGAGAUAGCUUUUACCGGACCAGAUCCCCUGGUGCAGAGCGUAGCCGACGUCGGUCGCGAUCGCCUGUCGCGGUGGAUCGCUACGAGCCUCGGGGUCGGGGUCGCGAUGAGUACGCCGGUACUCGGGACCGGGACGAUCGCGCCCGCAGAAUUGGAUCCCCCCCUGCUAACAUCGACCGUUACGUGCCGGGUCAGGAUGGCCCUUCGCCCCAGCCAUUGACCAAUCCGAUCCCGGAUCCGAUCAAAUUGCCGUAUCAGGUCGGCUUUUCGUACUUCGGCGAAUGGUGGAGGGCGAACGAGAGAAUUAAGGAGGAGAAGGAGCGACUAAGGACCGGCCGACGCCGCGAACCGGAGCGCGUCCGAGGUCCGCGCGAGGCCCAAGAGGACCGUGAAAAGGAAAAGGCCAAGAUUCAGGCCGCUUAUGACGCAUACAAAGAGGACCUUCAGGCAAAGAUGGCUCAGACCUUCGUCAAACAGCACAAAGAUGAGCAGUGGUUUAGAGAGCGCUACGUUCCGGAGAUUCGGGAUGCCUUUCGGCAACAAUUGAACGAAUCACGCCGCGGCGCAUAUCUUCGGUGGGAACAAGACCUUGCUUCGGGCGUUUUUGACGAAUUUUCUCUUGAAGGCAUCCCGAAGAGCGAAAGCAACGGGGCUGGUGGCGUGAUUGAGAAGGAAGAGGGAGAAGCAACCGCCGCAAAUGAAGUGCUUGGCGUUGGUGAUUUGGUCCCGGCCAACAGCAACGAGAUCAGGGAUGAAAGUCUCUUCCAACCCACGCUGCUUAUCAAGACGAUUGCGCCCUCUGUUAGCCGUCAGAAUCUCGAGGCCUUCUGCAGGGAGCACCUCGGUGAGGGAGAGGGUGGCUUCAAGUGGCUAUCUUUGAGCGACCCUAACCCCAGCAAACGAUACCACCGGAUCGGCUGGAUUAUGCUGCACCCCGCUCCUGAAGCCCCUACUGCUGCAGAUGAUGAUGCCAAGGAUGAAGAGGAUGGCGAGUCCAAACCUGUCGCCCCCCGCUCGACCGCAGAGAGGGCCCUUGAUGCCAUCAACGGGAAAACCGUAAAGGAUGAGCAGCGAGGCGAUUUUACUUGCCACGUUGGCGUCCAUAAUCCGCCAGCGAACCCAAGGAAGAAGGCACUAUGGGACCUCUUUUCAGCUCCAGAUCGCGUCCGAAAGGACCUCCAACUCGCCACCGAAUUGGUCAACAAGUUUGAGAGCGAUUUCGGUUCGGAAUUCAACGCUGCUCUCCAGAUUGAAGAAUAUGUUGACCGGCUGCGUCUCGAUGGGAAACUUCAGCCUGCAGUCCCAGUGUCUCCAGUCAAAACGUCAAAAAAGGACCGGGUUACCGGCAUGGACGAGGCCCUGGAUCAGGAGCGCGAGGAGGGGGAAGAUACUAUGGGCGCUGUGGACGACAACGAAGAGGAUGAAGGGAUGGUGGAUGAUGAGGUCGACGACAUUGAACUGUUGCUCACGAAGAAGCGGCUGGAUCUCACCAUCGAGUACCUGCGCCGUGUCUUCAACUUUUGCUUUUUCUGCGUGUUUGAGAGCGACUCUAUCCAUGAGCUAACUCGCAAAUGCCCUGGUGGUCAUCUUCGUCGACCUAGGAGCACGCUCUCCUCAACUGCUAAAGCCGUGGCACGGGCUAGCGCCAACGGCGAGCCGUUUCCUUCCAAGAAGCGCAAGGAUGCCGAGGAUCUUGAAGAGGGAGAAGCGGCCGAAGGGGAGCGGAAGUUCCGCGCCUCGAGCAAAACCGAACAGCAGCUCCAAAGGGCCUACAAUUGGGUCAAGACGUUUGAGGACAAGAUUAACCAGAUUUUGCACCCGGAGGCUGUUGACAUUCGAAAACUUGGUGGAAAGCCCGUCGAGGAUGCUGUAAACGAAGAGCUUGCGAAGCACGUCAAGCAGGAAGACGAGCACAAAUGGCGCUGCAAGGUUCCAGAAUGCACCAAGCUAUUCAAGGAAGAGCACUUUUGGCGGAAGCACGUCGAGAAGCGUCAUACAGAGUGGUUGGACAAGCUCAAGGAAGAGUUUGAGUUGAUCAACGCCUAUGUUAUUGAUCCUGCGCAUAUCGCGCCGUCUCGGACCGACGCGAAUUCCAACGGACACUUCCCGCCCUCCAACGGUCAACAGCCAACGGGAACACCACGCGGUUUCAACCUCCAGACCUAUACCAUGAACAACAUGCUCAAUUUCCCCGGCUUCCCUAUGGCCAUGUUCGCGCCGAACGCGAUGGGCGCCAACCCUCUCAGUGCAGCCCCAGGCUGGCACGCACCGGGCGGAGACGAGCGUGGGCCGGGUCCGAUUCGCCGGGGCGGCGCGAUGGGAGGGGGCAGCCGAUUCCAGAACCGGCCCGGCCCCUAUGACCGCCGCUCCAACCCGCGCCAUGGCGCCGAAAGCGGCGGUGUGAAUACCGCGAUGGGUGGGCGUGGCCGUGGCGGCCCUACGAAUAGAUGGGGUGACGGCGCAGCCGGCGGUGCCGCCAUGGGCCCCCGUGAGGCAGUGCAGGGGCGGACUAUUAAGAGCUACGAGGAUCUCGACCAAGUGUCGGGCGGUGGCGGUGGGGAACUGAACUAUUGA